AUGCUCCGUGCCCCCUACUUCAUGCCCUUGCUGCUACUGCUGCUGCUGCUGCUGCUCUCACUUCCCCACACCCAGGCCACCUUUCCCCGGGAUCCCCUCCCUUUGCUGAUCUCUGACCUGCAAGGUACUUCCCCAUUAUCCUGGUUCCGGGGCCUGGAGGAGGAUGCUGUGGUUGCAGAACUUGGGCUGGACUUCCAGAAAUUCCUGACCUUGAACCGGACCUUGCUAGUGGCUGCCCGGGAUCAUGUUUUCUCCUUCGAUCUACAAGCUCAAGAAGAAGGGGAGGGACUGGUGCCCAACAAGUAUCUAACAUGGAGGAGCCAAGACAUGGAGAACUGCGCUGUGCGGGGGAAGCUGACGGACGAGUGCUACAACUACAUUCGUGUUCUCGUUCCCUGGGACUCACAGACACUCCUUGCUUGUGGAACGAACUCAUUCAGCCCCGUGUGCCGCAGCUAUGGGAUAACUUCACUGCAGCAGGAGGGUGAAGAGCUGAGUGGGCAGGCUCGAUGCCCCUUUGAUGCCACACAGUCCAACGUAGCUGUCUUUGCAGAGGGCAGCCUGUAUUCGGCCACAGCUGCGGAUUUCCAGGCCAGUGAUGCUGUAGUUUACAGAAGCCUUGGCCCUCAGCCCCCACUCCGCUCAGCCAAGUACGACUCCAAGUGGCUCCGAGAGCCACACUUUGUCUAUGCCUUGGAGCAUGGAGACCAUGUCUACUUCUUCUUCCGAGAGGUCUCUGUGGAGGACACCCGGCUGGGAAGGGUACAGUUCUCCCGUGUGGCCCGUGUGUGUAAGCGUGACAUGGGCGGCUCACCUCGGGCCUUGGACCGCCACUGGACAUCCUUCCUAAAGCUUCGCCUCAACUGCUCUGUCCCUGGGGAUGCUGCCUUCUAUUUUGACGUCUUACAGGCCUUGACGGGGCCUGUGAACUUGUAUGGCCGCCCUGCUCUCUUUGGGGUCUUCAGCACCCAGACCAAUAGCAUCCCUGGCUCUGCAGUCUGUGCCUUCUACCUGGAUGAUAUUGAACGUGGGUUUGAGGGCAAGUUCAAGGAGCAGAGGAGUUCGGAUGGGGCCUGGACCCCUGUGUCUGAGGACAGGGUCCCCUCCCCCAGGCCAGGAUCCUGUGCAGGAGUGGGUGUAGCUGCCUUAUUCCCCUCUUCUCGAGAUCUCCCUGAUGAUGUCCUGACUUUCAUCAAGGCUCACCCACUGCUGGACCCCACUGUGCCACCUGCCACCCACCAGCCUCUCCUUACCCUCACCAGCAGGGCCCUACUGACCCAGGUGGCUGUGGAUGGCACGGCUGGUCCCUAUAGUAACACCACAGUCCUGUUCCUUGGCUCCAAUGAUGGAACAGUGCUGAAGGUGCUGCCCCCAGGGGGACCAUCUGGAGGACGGGAGCCCAUCCUGUUGGAAGAGAUCAAUGCCUACAGCCCCUCCCGGUGCAGUGGGAAGCGGGCGGCCCAAACAGCACGGCAGGUGAUAGGACUGGAGCUGGACACUGAAGGUCACCGGCUCUUUGUGGCUUUUUCUGGCUGCAUCAUCUACCUCCCUCUCAGCCGGUGUGCCCGGCAUGGGGCCUGUCGCAGGAGCUGUUUGGCUUCUCGGGACCCAUACUGUGGAUGGCAUAGCUCCAGAGGCUGUGUGGACAUCAGGGGACCUCAUGGGACUGAUGUGGAUCCAGCUGGGAACCAGGAAUCCAUGGAGCAUGAUGACUGCCAAGACGGAGCUACCGGGAGUCAGUCUGGCACAGGGAACUCUGCUUAUGUGCUUCUGGGUCCUGGCCCUUCCCCUGAGACCCCCAGCCCCCCCAGUGAAGCCCACCCCCGGCCCCAGUCUUCCACUCUUGGAGCUCACACUCAGGGCGUGCGCAGAGACCUCCCCGCAGCCUCAGCCUCCCGCUCCGUCCCCAUCCCGCUGCUCCUGGCCUGUGUGGCCGCGGCCUUCGCCCUGGGCGCCUUAGUCUCCGGCCUUCUGGUCUCCUGCGCUUGUCGCCGCGCCCACCACCGACACCGGAGCAAGGACAUGGAGACCCCGGGGCUCCCGCGCCCCCUCUCCCUCCGCAGCUUAGCCCGGUUGCAUGGGCCAGGCCCAGAGCCGCCGCCGCCGCCCUCCAAGGACGGAGAGCCCGGGCUGGCGUCCCAGCUCUACACCACGUUCCUGCCUCCUCCCGAGGCCGGCUCCCCCCCGGACCUGGCCUGCCUGCCCACCCCGGAGUCCACGCCCGAGCUGCCCGUCAAGCACCUCCGCGGCGCCGGGGGCCCCUGGGAGUGGAACCGGAACGGGAACAACGCCGCUACCGAGGCCCCGGGCCCCGCGCGGGGGAGCGCGGCCGGCGGCGGCGGUGGCUCCGCGCCCCGCGUGCUGGUGAGGCCGCCGCCGCGCGGCUGCCCGGGGCAGGCGGUGGAGGUGACCACCCUGGAGGAACUGCUGCGCUACCUGCACGCCCCGCAGCCGGCCCGCAGGGGCGCGGAGCCGCCCGGCCCCUCGGCCCCGCGGGCGCUGCCCCUCGAGCCCGCCCGGGCCCCCUCCCCCGCCCCCGCCCUCGCCCUGCUGGCCGGCGCCGGCCUUCUGGCCCGGGAGUGCGCCCCCCCGCUGCGGCUGGACGUGCCCCCCGACGGGCAGUGCCCGGGGCCCCCCGGCCGGCCGGUCCCCGCCCCCCGCCUGGGGGUGGGCGGCAGCCGGAGGUUGCCCUUCGCCCCCCGGGCGCCCCCCACCCUGCUCACGCGUGUCCCCUCGGGCGGCCCUUCCCGGUACUCCGGGCGGCACCUGUACCCGGGCCGCGCCGAGGGCUACCGGGGCCGCACCCUGAAGCGAGUGGACAUGGCGAAGCCCCGGCCGCCCCCGAAGCUGCCCCUGGCCGCGCCCCCCGCCCCGCUGGCCGUCCCCGGGGGCGGCCAUUUCAACUUGUAA